AUGGAUUCACAUACCUUCCAAGAAUUCCAGAGUGAACUCACAUGCCCCAUUUGCAUGAACUAUUUCUUAGAUCCUGUCACUAUUGACUGUGGGCACAGCUUUUGCCGACCCUGCCUCUGGCUCUGCUGGGACGAAGCCCAAACGCCAAGGUGCUGCCCCGAGUGCAGGGAAAUAACAGACAAGGCAGACUUCAGCACCAACAUCGUCCUCAAGAAGCUGGCUUCCCUCGCCAGACAGGCCACGCCUCGCCCCGACAGCAGCUCUGGGGAGCAGCUCUGCACCGCACACAGGGAGGCACAGGAGACCUUCUGCGAUGUCGACAAGAGCCUGCUGUGUGCGCCCUGCUCUGACUCACCCGAACACGCGGUUCACAGCCACAGCCUCAGCCCCGUGUCAUGGGUGGCGGAGGAGUGCAGGGAGAAACUUCUGAGGAAAAUGGAUUCUUUAUGGAAAAUGACUCAGGAGAUGCAAGAUAAUCUAAACGAGGAAGUUAGCAAAUCAACGUCCUUUCUGGAAUAUGUGACUUUAAGGAAGAACAUGAUUCAAGCCCAAUAUCAGAUGAUGCAUCAGUUUCUCUUUGAGGAGGAGCAAUUUCAACUGGUGACACUAGGUAGACAAGCAGAGGAGAUUUUGCAAGAACUCAGGGACAGCGAAAUCAGAAUGGCCCAACACAGAGAAAAGCUGAAGGAAAUGUACAGGGAGCUGACUGAGAUGUGCCACAAGCCCGACAUGGAGUUGCUCCAGGUGAGCAGGGAGGGUCCAUCCUCAGAGACGGAAGUCCUUGGCUUAGAGGACGUAUUUGAAAGGAUUGAGUUGGUGCAGAGACAGAAGCCCCAUCCAGUGAACCCAGAGCUGUCUUCAUUGCACAUCACUGGACUCCUGGACAUGCUGAACCAUUUCAGAGUGAAUAAUGGAACGAUUCAAGGAUGGGCCAAUUGCUUUAUGAACCUUUCUGAGGAAAUUAGAAAUAUGAUAUUUGGAGAUGAUGGUGCAACUGAAGAUCCCCAGAGUGUGGAGAGUUAUGCUGCAUGGAGUGUUGAGGCCUUUACUUCUGGUAGACACUACUGGGAGGUAGAUGUGGCAAAGGCCUCCAACUGGGUGCUGGGUGUCUGUAAAGAUUCCAUGCCAAGUGACAAUUUUGAAGGGGAGAAAGCUUUUCUCCUAUAUUCCUUGAAGAAGAACAACCACUGUAGUCUCUCCACCAACUUUCCACCUGUAACUCAUUUUAUACAAAGGCCUCAGGGUCGAGUCGGGGUGUUUCUGGAUUACGACAAUGCAACUAUGAGCUUCUAUGAUGUUUGCCGAGGUUCCCUCAUAUGCACUUUCUUUCCUUCCCCCUUCACCUCCCCUCUGAAGCCAUUUCUCUGCCUAGGUUCCCCAUGA